AGCAGAGUUCCGCAAUGCCCAACCCCAUGCUGCUAUAUUGCCUGGUCCUCCUGGCUGGGAUGGGGACCAGCCAAGGAGAGAACACCCAGUCUGAGGAAACCUGCACCCACUUCCCAGGUGGCCUGCCUCACAUGCUUCGAGAACUCCGAGCUGCCUUUGGCAGGGUGAAGAUUUUCUUUCAAACAAAGGAUCAGCUGGAUGACAUGCUGUUAAGCGAGUCCCUGCUGGAGGACUUUAAGGGUUACCUGGGUUGCCAAGCCUUGUCGGAGAUGAUCCAGUUUUACCUAGUGGAGGUGAUGCCCCAGGCAGAGAACCACAGCCCAGAUGUCAAGGAGCACGUGAACUCCCUGGGGGAGAAGCUGAAGACCCUCAGACUACGGCUCCGGCGCUGUCAUCGUUUCCUUCCCUGUGAAAAUAAGAGCAAGGCCGUACAGCAAGUGAAGGAUGCAUUUAGCAAGCUUCAAGAGAAAGGCAUCUACAAAGCCAUGAGUGAGUUUGACAUCUUCAUCAACUACAUAGAAGCCUACAUGACAGCGAAGAUAAAUAGCUAAAACAUCCAGAAGGGCAACUCUACUGUACUCUAGGAUAUAAAUUGGAAAUCCCCAAAAUCUGGCUCAGGGUUGUAAGCUAGUCAAGCCAGCUCCUUCGAAAACCCUGCUGCACCUCUCUCCUAGAAUAUUUAUUACCUCUGAUACCUCAGUUCCCAUUUCUAUUUAUUUACUGAGCUUCUCUGUGAACUACUUAGAAGCCCAAUAUUAUAAUUUUUUCAAUAUUUAUUAUUUUCACCUAUGUUUAAGCUGUUUAUAUAGGGUGACACCCUAUGGUAUUUGAGUGUUUUAAGAUAAAUUAUAAGUUUUGUAAGGGGAAAAAGUGUAACUUGGGGAGCCAAUGGAAGUUUCCAUCCCAAGCAUGACUACACUUCUGGCUGUUGAGCUGUUUUCCAUGAUCUCCCUCUGAUUUCUCUUGUCCUUGGAUCUGGGCUCCUGGAUUGCUGCAAAGACUCUUCCCCUCUUAGGAAGAGAAACCAGGCAGUUAACCAGGAUUAACCUCCCCACAUCUCAGAGGGAGUCCCCUGACCUCAUUCUCCAACUAUUUCAUUCUCUAAAGCUGUGGCCAGCUUGUUAUUUAUAGCAACCUAAAGUUGGUUCUAAUAGAACUCAGUUUUAACUACAAGUAAUUCAGUUCCUUUGGGAAUGUUAUAUUGUUUGUCUGUCUUCA